GCUCGGGGCCAGCGCGGCGGCGGCGGCGGCGGCAGCAGCAGGAGCAGCCCCGGCUGGGCUGCGGGUCGCGACGGCGGCGGGGCGCCCCCUCCCCCGUGCCGGGGCGCGGCGGAGGGAUGUGGGGCUUUGCGGGAGGAAGGCUUUUUGGCAUCUUCUCGGCCCCGGUGCUGGUGGCGGUGGUUUGCUGCGCCCAGAGCGUGAACGACCCCGGGAACAUGUCCUUUGUGAAGGAGACCGUGGACAAGCUGUUGAAAGGCUACGACAUCCGCUUACGACCCGACUUCGGGGGUCCCCCCGUGUGCGUGGGGAUGAACAUCGACAUCGCCAGCAUCGACAUGGUUUCCGAAGUCAACAUGGAUUACACCCUCACGAUGUAUUUCCAACAAUACUGGAGAGACAAGAGGCUGGCCUAUUCUGGAAUCCCCCUCAACCUCACGCUGGACAAUCGGGUGGCUGACCAGCUGUGGGUGCCUGACACGUAUUUCUUGAAUGACAAGAAGUCCUUUGUCCACGGUGUGACUGUGAAAAACCGCAUGAUCCGGCUCCACCCGGAUGGGACGGUACUGUAUGGGCUCAGAAUCACCACGACAGCAGCGUGUAUGAUGGACCUCCGGAGGUACCCGCUGGACGAGCAGAACUGCACCCUGGAGAUUGAAAGCUAUGGCUACACCACAGAUGACAUUGAAUUUUACUGGCGUGGCGGGGACAAGGCUGUCACGGGUGUGGAAAGGAUCGAGCUCCCCCAGUUCUCCAUCGUGGAGCACCGCCUGGUCUCGAGGAAUGUUGUCUUCGCCACUGGUGCCUAUCCUCGGCUCUCCCUGAGUUUUCGGUUGAAGAGGAACAUUGGCUACUUCAUCCUCCAGACUUACAUGCCUUCCAUACUGAUUACCAUUCUCUCCUGGGUGUCCUUCUGGAUCAACUACGACGCCUCAGCCGCCAGAGUCGCCCUGGGGAUCACCACCGUGUUGACCAUGACAACCAUCAACACCCACCUUCGAGAGACUCUGCCCAAAAUCCCCUACGUCAAAGCCAUCGACAUGUACCUGAUGGGCUGCUUCGUCUUCGUGUUCCUGGCCCUCCUGGAGUAUGCCUUUGUCAACUACAUCUUCUUUGGAAGAGGCCCUCAGAGGCAGAAGAAACUGGCAGAGAAGACGGCCAAGGCGAAGAACGACCGUUCUAAGAGCGAAGGCAAUCGGGUGGACGCCCAUGGAAAUAUCCUGUUAACAUCACUGGAGGUUCACAACGAAGUGAACGAGGUCGCUGGCGGAGUGGGUGACACCAGGAAUUCAGCAAUAUCCUUUGACAACUCAGGAAUCCAGUACAGGAAACAGAGCAUGCCCAGAGAAGGGCACGGGAGGUACCUGGGAGACAGAAGCACCCAGCACAAGAAGACACACUUACGGAGAAGGUCUUCGCAGCUCAAAAUCAAAAUCCCUGAUCUCACCGAUGUGAAUGCCAUUGACAGAUGGUCCCGGAUCGUGUUUCCAUUCACGUUUUCUCUCUUCAACUUAGUUUACUGGCUGUACUACGUUAACUGAGUGACUGUACUUGAUUUUUCAAAGACUUCAUUUAACACUGAGUGAAAUAUUACCCCCUGCCUGUCAAGUUUUUAUACCUGUACACACACA